AUCAGUCAAAGAGCAAAUGGCCAUAAUAGUCAGGUAUGUGAAUAAAAAGGGGCAAGUAGUUGAAAGAUUUUUGGGUAUCAAGCAUGUCAAGCUAACUACAUCAGAAGCAUUAAAGAGAGCAAUAGUGGAGGUUCUUAGUGCCCAUGGUUUAACUAUUGCAAAAAUACGAGGCCAAGGGUAUGAUGGAGCUUCUAAUAUGAGAGUUGGUAGUUGUUUCGGUUUCAAAGUGUUGUUCAUCUAUAGAGGAUUUCUUUGACUAUGUGGAUAUGAUUGUGAGCAGCACUAGUGCAUCUUGUAAGAGGAAGGAUUUAUUGAUUGAUAGUCAUCAUACAAUUGUUUUGAAUAAGUUGGACAGUGGA